ACAGAAAUUCAUAGCAGAACUGAGGAGUGAGAGUGUGAUAGUUGCCUGUCGUUUUCCGUUACCCAACUUGGAGCCUAUUGCAAUACUUGGUCAUGGUGUUGAUACUGUUUGGGUCUACAAAAAUGCAGCGAUAACACAGCAAUGAUGGGUGAUCGAGGAAAAAAAGUUAAAUUGCCUCAAUGCCCCAAAGAUUAUGACGUCUUAUUUUGCUCCUUUACACAUACAGGUUUGUGAAUCGAUUGCCCACGGCUACGAUGCCUUUUUCCAAAUCAAAAGGACCAGGUCAGGAACCUCCGUGAUGUCAUCGGCCCCGGUUCCGUCUCUGUACCGUACUCCAUAUUCUUACGAUGACAAAAAUAUGAACCGCAUCGAAUUUGUACUUUACGAGGGUCAAAAGCCGGGUACCUCGGGACUUCGAAAAGCUGUAAAAGUUUUCACACAGGAGCAUUAUACCGAAAAUUUCAUUCAAUCAAUCUUGGGAGCUCUUGGUGAUCGUUUGACGGGAUCCACAUUAGUUGUUGGAGGAGAUGGUCGUUACUAUUGCAAAGAGGCAAUCGCCAAGAUCAUACGAAUUACUGCAGCUAACGGGAUAGCAAAGUUGAUCGUGGGUCAAGAUGGGAUUUUUUCAACCCCAGCUGUUUCUGCUAUUAUCCGCAAGUAUGGAACAAUCGGUGGAAUUCUUCUAACGGCUUCUCAUAAUCCUGGUGGACCUGAUGCUGAUUUUGGUAUAAAAUUCAAUUGCGAGAAUGGUGGGCCUGCUCCCGAUGAUGUUACUAAUAAAAUUUAUGAGAUCACCAAAGUUUUGGAAAGCUACAAAAUUGCCCCAGGGAUUGACAUCGACGUCUCUAAAAUUCAGAGUACUACCAUACAAGUUGAUGGGAAGAAUUUCACUGUCAACGUCAUUGAUUCCGUUAAUGACUAUGUCGAACUUAUGAAGGAGAUAUUUGAUUUUUCAAGUUUAAAAAAAUUGAUUCAUGGAACUCCUGAACGAGCUGCUUUUCAAGUUCUGAUUAACUCCAUGAAUGGAGUUACUGGACCAUAUGUGAAGCGUAUAUUCAUAACUGAAUUAGGUGCUUCUGCUGCCAAUACCGUCAAUAUUGUUCCACUAGAAGAUUUUGGUGGUCUCCACCCUGAUCCCAAUUUAACUUAUGCAUCAGACCUUGUGGAUUCUGUAAAAAAUGGUCCAUAUGAUCUUGGUGCAGCUUUUGAUGGCGAUGGUGACAGAAACAUGAUUUUGGGGAAAAAUGCUUUCUUUGUCAAUCCCUCUGAUUCUGUGGCAGUUAUAGCAGCUAAUUUCACCUCGAUUCCAUACUUCAGAGAAAACGGAAUUAUGGGAUAUGCUCGAUCCAUGCCUACUAGUUGUGCUCUUGAUAAAGUAGCUGCUGCAGCUAAUGCUUGUUGCUUCGAGGUGCCAACUGGAUGGAAGUAUUUUGGUAAUCUGAUGGAUGCGGGACUGUUGUCUUUGUGUGGAGAAGAAAGUUUUGGCACUGGGUCUGAUCACAUUCGUGAAAAGGAUGGUGUUUGGGCAUGCCUUGCCUGGCUCAGUAUUGUAGCGUAUUCAGGUAAAUCAGUUGAAGAAAUUCUGCAAGGACAUUGGACCAAAUAUGGCAGGAACUUUUUUACAAGGUAUGAUUAUGAAAAUUGCGCAUCUGAGUCUGCAAAUCAAAUGAUGGUUGAACUCGAAGAACAUAUUACCAGUGCUAGUUUCAAAGGAACAAAGCUCACAAAUGGCGAUAAAUCAUAUGUUGUUAAAAAUGCUGAUAAUUAUUCAUACAAAGAUCUAAUCGACGGCAAUGUCGCUAACAAACAGGGCUUACGAAUAUUAUUUGAAGAUGGAUCUCGCAUAAUCUUUCGCUUAUCAGGAACGGGCAGUUCUGGGGCAACGAUUCGACUCUAUGUCGAGAGUUAUGAAUCUGACCCAUCGACUUACAACAAAGAUCCUCAAGAAGUGUUAGCACCACUUUUAAAUAUCGCUCUACAAUUGAGUAAACUCAAAGAGCAUACCGGUCGUGAUACACCAACUGUCAUCACAUGAGCUUCGUUGGCUAGUCUACUUUCAUCCUCCAUCUCGAACACUUCUUGCACAGGUAUCAUUAUUAGAUUAUGUACGGUACUUUCAAUAUGUUGAUAGAUUUAAGUCACACACUUAUGCUACGUAUCUGAAGAGUUCGUUUCAAAAUUGAUUCAAGGCAAAGCAUAACUUAGGAAACCAAGUGCAUUUUGCAUUUUGCUGCAGACGUCAUAUUAAGUCUCAAAAUUCUUUUUUGAGUUACAGAAAGUUACUUCUGUGAUAUUUAGAACGCCAAAUAAAGGUCUUCAAUUUGUAUCAUACCGAAUUAUACACAGUUACGACAAAAAGAUUAUUAUUAACUCAAUUAAAGUAAGCUAUCUAUAAUAAACACAAUAGCAAUCCAAUAGAACAUUGCCUUACAGUAACAUAGCAGCAGCAUUACGUCACCUUUUUCGUUCUCAACUGUUGAACACUGGAAAAAGCAAUAAUAUAGUAAUAGUGUAGCGGAUUUUGGAUAGAGGAAAUAGAUUUGAUAUAUCAGAAGUACAAUGAAGAAAUUUUUUUUACAAAAUGCGUAGCUAAUUAAAUUUUACCACAUUUAAUAGAAUUUGCAGGAAUAAAGACAAGAUUUCGCCGUGAAAUAAAACAAACGGUACGACUAACAAUAAGUUAACUGCUGUAAAACCUAUAUUUCUCAAUUUUUUUAAUUCUUUAAAUUUGUAUCUUUGAGUAUAAAUCAUCAAGAUUCCUCCAGGAAAAUCGUCGAUAUUGCGGGUAAUUCAGAAGAGUGAUUAUAUCGUGCAGCUAUCAAUUAUUGCAAAACUUAUCCCAUUAUGCGUUAACUGCAUCGAAAACAUUCAUAAUUUAUGUAAACUUGAAAAUUAAAAAUUUCUCCGUUGUCUAAGUAAUGAAACGGAGAUAUUGAAUUCCUAUAGUUGAAAAAGUCAUUGUAAAAGUAAAUCGAAUAGUGCUGUCUAAAGUUAUUAGUUCUCGUGGUCGUUCAUUUAUUUCAAAUAAACGAAACGACGUAAUUAUUAUGGCUAGGUAGGGAUCGCCAGUGAUCAUAUCAAUAAGAAUUAAAUUUAGCUCUCGAAAAUUGCACAUUGUAUGGCACUUUGAUGCUUUGGUGAAUUUAGGGACUUACAAGUUCGCUCAUUAGGAUAUGAGAAGUACAUACCAUUUUCCAUCACACAUCUCGGAACACUUGAUAAUUCACAUGACAUGAUAACAUAUUGUAUUGGUAAUAUUGGUAUUGUAAUGAUAAUGUAUUGGUUGCACGAAUAGUGAUUAGUUGAUGAACAUGGUGUACAUUCGCAUCAAGUAUCAUAUCUGAUUUCAAUGUGAUUCGCAGUUCUGGUAUUCUAUCAUGGAAUGUUAUGGCAAAUCAUCUUUGGCGUAAGUAGAAUGAGGUUUUAUUUUGUCGUAUGAUGUCAUAGAAAUACAACGUACAGCAUUUGGCCACUGUCAGACCAUUAUGCAGUUUGUUCCCCCACUGAAUCUUGCUUGUGUUUUACUCAUUCAGUGCAUUGAUUCAGUGCAUGGUUGCGCAGUGUAAUUAGAGUGAUUCUUGAAAAAUCGAAGAAAAAUUACAAUAAAAUUGAGUACUCGGAUUUUUCGCGAGGUUUGAGAGAAUUACUCCACGGUUUGUUAACGUUGAACAUAGUUCUCAAUGUAAGAGAUACAUGCCAGUUUAUAGGUAAGUACCGUGGCGUUACUAUCAAACCAAAGGUAUGGCAAGCUAGAAUUCUCUUGUAUCUCUUUCGUGCAGAACUAUACGUAGAAGUAAGUUGAACUAAUGGAACUAAUUAUUAAAAUUACCUAAGAGUAUUGGUAUCUACAUGAUGCCAAUACAAAAAAUGGCAAUAAUAUUGGCGUGUCAAUUCAAGUCAUAUACCUAUCGGCCAGAAAAUGUACACAUCUAUCAGCUACCUACAUAGGUAUGAACAGGGAGUGUCAAAUACAUUGAUAAGUAAUCAUAAAGGAAAAACAAUAUAAUGGUAAAUAAAGAGGUAUAUUCUUAAACUUUAAUCAAGUUACAAAUUGCUAGUAGAAAUAUUUCAUGUCUUGCUUUGAAACAUGGUACAUCUUAAAACAUAAAAAUACCAUAUGUCACAUCAAUGGGAAAAUUCAGUUUGUCUGUGUAAAUGUGAAGUUAAUGUGUUUAGUUUUUAGGAAUCUUCAUCAAUCAACCUCAUUUUAGUAUCAAUGAUUCAUUAGAAAAAAGCCUCUAUUCGCAAUAUAUAGUAUAUUAGUAGCUCGUGUAUUUGUGAGCAUCCUAUCAUUUCAUUGAUUAAAAAUUCGAUUUGUAAAGGAUUGUAGGUUUCGAUAACAGAUCAAGAAUCGUAGCUUAAGACGUCGUUUCAACUACACAUUCAACUGUGUAAAAGAUUAUUCAACUUUUUACUUCCAUUAUGGAAAAGAAGAAUAGCGUAGAAUAUUGCGGCUCGUAAAUUUUGGAGUUCUUCACUUUUUGUUUGUUGUAACCGAUGUUCUUGAGGUGGAUCUGAAAUUUUUUGAGAUUAUGUAUUUGGAAGAUUCCAAUGGAAUUUUGUAAAUAAUCGAUGAUAAGUGGGAGGAUACUUGGGGACCUGAGCCGACAAGAGCUCCCGUCAGACUUAAGCAACCACGUUACAAUCGGAACAGUAUAACUUGUGCUUAAAGCCAUAUCGAUGUCAAGAAAUUCAUAGUUAUAUGAAUGAAAGUUACUUCAAUAAUGAUGAACUGGGAGAAGAGGGUUUAAAGUCAACUAGGAUUUAGAGUCAGAUAAAAAAAAAGUUCGAAUCGCGACUAAAAUCGUUCUCAAUUUUUCAAAAGUCAUUCAAAAUUGUUCAAAAAUCGUUUAAAAGUUUUUCUUAGUCUUGUGGUGUGGUCUUGGGUCCUGAUGUGGUAGCUCUGUCACAAGAGACCAGCAAUGACUGCCGAUUGUACUAUAAAACAUAAACAUAUAACAUUUGUACUAUAGUAAUUAUUGUGUAAGAGUUUGCUAGUGAAUGCCUGAAGCUUAUAGUAUAUCUCGUUACAUCUAACAAGAAGAUUUUUAUUUUGAAAGCAUAGAGUAAUGAAUCAUUUCUCUACAGACUUCUCGAGGAAAUGUGGAAUGCAUUCUCAUUAUUGUUACAGAUAUUGAUUUUAUGUGAAUAUUACCAUUGUAUAUUAGUUAUUCUCACCAUAAUGUUUUAUGAUUUUAAGCAAGCCAAAGAUGAAUUGGUAUAUCAUUUGAGCAUUAUCACAUCAAAUCAGCAAUCACAUCAGAAUAAGGUAUCAAUCAAUUAUUCAAACAACGAAAAUCUGAUACAGGUAUACAUUUAUCAAUAUACAACAUAAACCAACAUAUUGUUGAAUAAUGAUUACGACCGUAUAUACUCUUGGGAUCUGUCUGAUGAAUCCAAGUAUUGAUAGAGAAUAUCUGGAAGCAAACGGAUACUAAAUGUGUAAAUAAGUAUAGGAAAUGGUAUUGAAGAAUCAAGAUCACACGAGUGGUAGCAAUCAAGGUGAAAUCAAUAGCAUAGUUAUAAAAAAAGCUCACCAUUUAAUCGAUCACUACAAUCUUCCGCAAUUUUGUCUGUUAAAUACUUCGUUGUUAUUAAUGCUAUAUUUAAAUGCCGUUGUAUGUAUAGAAUAAAGAGAUCACACACACAUGCCAAAUAUACAUGCUCUGUCAACUGACAAUUGUGAGCUCAAUGUAACUUUCUGAAGUACUGAGGUACAUAUUCCAUUUAUUCCGCAAUGCACACUAGAUUCCAAGAUUGCUUGAAGUCUUUGGAGUAAUGGAUAUUUCAUUUCUGUUCUUUAAGUUACCACUGUGAAGAUAUACAUACAACUUGUUCGUAUUUAUAGUUAAUACAUGUUUUGUUCCAUCAAGUAAUUACCCAGUGUUCUUGUUAUACUUGAAAGUUCGAGUAUCUUUCCAGAAUAUUGUGUAUGGUCAAAUUCAGUACUGGAAUGUAAGCAUGUUGAGUCGGAAUAAACUAAACCUGGAUGCCAAA